AUGUCUCAUGCUCUCCUUCUCCGUCUCUUUCUCUCGCCGUCGUUCUUCACUGUACACGUCGCUCUGCAGUACCUGAGGCUCUAUGCAGACAACAUCGGUAUCACCUACUACCUGACGUCCAGGCUCAGACAGCUUGAUACUCAAGACUUGCGUGAAGUGUGGGGCUUUAUAUGCCACCUUCUGGUCACCCGGCCCUCGAAGUCAAGAGCUCUUGAAUGCUUUGUCGUCGAGAUUUGCCAUAAAUCGACCCACAUUGCUAUGUUGACCCUUUGGUACAUGCAAGCAUACCUGAAAGACUUCUCGCUCCCCCGCCAUAACCCCGAGUCGUUCGUUAUAUGCCAGCGGGUAUUGCACGAAUGUCAUGAGAUCAUAUUCGGCGACCUACCAGCACAGCCUAUUGCUCCAUACUCCAUCCUUACUCUACCCUCGCAGUUGGGACCUCUACAGAAGAGGGUAAAGCCUCACGUUCAGCCGGUCGUGGUGGGGAUCGGUAUGGUGUGGGCAGGUACCCCAGGCAUGCCGAAAUUGACCAAAAUCAUGGGCCGAGUUGCCAUUGAGCAGGGCCGUAUUGACGAUCAAAACGAGGAUAUCAAGAGUCUUGAAAAUACCGAUGACAGUCCUGUUCGGACAGCACCUUCAACAACCUCUAUAGUGGCUACAGGUGAGGACAACCAGCAGGAGGAUUCCGAUAAGGAGGACAAAGCUUCCGCAAAAAAUCCGCCGGACACUGCGAAAACUGGUACUGAAGCUGUUGUCCCUGUCAAAAUAAGUCGACGUCGACGGACAAUGGCUGCCCAGACGACUCCUGCGCUCCCCCUUCAUCUCAAAGGAAUUCGUAGAUUCAGGUUAUCAGAGGAUCCUUUUGGUCAACAAGACCUUCCCUCACCUAAUACUUCCUCUUCACCUUUCCAGUCAACGCCCUCGUUUUCGGUAACAAAGCGCCCUCAGAGGACAACAGGAUCCAAUGCGGUGGAUAUACUUAUGCAGAAGUAUGACCUCCCGGCUCAGGUUCAUCUUUUGCGGAGUCAUUAUUGUCGUUCUGAGAUCAAGUUCCUAAUCGCAUUGGAGUCUAUUUCGAACAGACUCUUGGUGGUUCCCAGACUUGCUCGCGUAAGCGCACUGCGGGCCGAACUCACAGCGUUGAACCAUUUGCUACCCGCAGAAGUGUGCAUGCCAAUGUGGUGCUCUUCUUCAGAUUCGCCUGGAUCGUCUCACGAUGUCCGGCAACCUCAUCAUCGAAUUGUACGGAUACCACCAGGCGAGAGUGUGGUGCUCAACUCAGCAGAGCGUGCGCCGUAUCUCUUGCUCAUUGAGAUUCUUCAUGGCGAUCUUGAUUUCGACCCUGCCAAGCGCAGUAACAAGGAAAUCUUGAAGAAGAUAGUACUGAAGGAAAACAGCCAUGAUGGGUCGAAGGAAGAUUUCGCAUUCCCUGAUUCGCCCUUUGCAGCUCAUCAGUCAGUGACAAAUCCAGAGUCUGUCAGUGCGCUGGAAGUGUCAAUAGGUACUGACAGUGCCGAAGUCAACGAUAGCCGGUCUGGUUUGGGGAUUACCUCCUUCCUCGCUGUUCCGGUGUCACCGGCGAUGCCAGUAGAUGAAGAAGAAGAGGUUGACCUUGUAGAACAAAUCUAUGGCGCGGAUAAUUCUCUACGUGCGGACGACGUGAACCUCUCGGAUUCCAUUGUCCUCCCGCCUCCACCGAAGAACAGGGAGCUUGAUAUGGUUACCUGGUCUCGAUCAUCUUCGGUACCACAGACACCGUCAGUCGACCAGGGUGAUUCGUUCAGGACACAUAAAUCUUUCAACGGCCUCAGUCUUUCCAUCCCCAUGACUCGGCGGAGGCUGAGUCCUCCCUUAGAGCCCGACUCAAGCCACCUUCACCCGCAUAGUAACGGGCAACCGACGCCCCGUGUACUCUCUCUUGAUGAAUAUUCCGAUCGUAUGCGCACUGCAGCUGUCAUGCUUGCACAGCUCAAUGCCAACCUUGUCCGCGAACCCACCACUGCCCUUCUUCCUCCGGGAACACCUGUUACAGGGUCGGAGUCUACAUUCAUAGCUCCGCUCCGAUGGCUUCCUGGGACAAACUGGCGGAUAAGCUCGCCGGUCGUUUCCGCAACGGGAGCCGCACCGUCCGGUUCCUCGCAAGAACACCCAUUACCACUCCCUUCUGCUUCGGUGUCUACGCGGAUGCGAUUACAGCCGUCAGAAGCCGCCGCAAUCCGAGAGCGCAUCAUGGGCGAAAUGCUUGCAUUGGAAGAAGAGCGGAUGGCACGUAUGCGUGAAAAUAGCACUGGAGAGGGUGUGUUCACAUUUGGUCUCGGUGAUGGGAGCAUAAAAACUGCGGAAGAUGAGGGGAUCAUUCGUCGUGAACUCAGCAAGGUAGACCCAUCGGCUGUUGUCUUCAGCGAAUCAUGGGCCGCAAAGAAGAGUCGAAUACGACAAGCUUCGCCUUACGGUCAUCUAGCCAAUUGGGACUGUGUCUCCGUCAUUGUCAAGACCGGCGGUGAUCUUCGACAGGAGCAACUGGCUGUCCAACUUAUCCAGGAGUUCGAGAAAAUCUGGAAGGAGGAGAAUUGCUCGUGUUGGGUACGAUACUUCCGUAUACUUAUCCUAGGCAAUUCUUCUGGGUUGGUAGAGACCAUCACGGAUGCCGUGUCAAUACACUCCAUCAAAAAGUCGGAGUAUGCACGGAGACUGGCUGAAGGUCAAUUAGGGCAUGUCACUUUGUUCGACCAUUUCAAGACAACAUAUGGUGACCCUUCUUCCGCAAAGUUCGCACGAGCACAGCGCAAUUUCGCCAAGUCUCUGGCUGGUUACUCCCUUGUCACAUAUUUCCUCCAGAUCAAGGAUCGUCACAACGGCAAUAUCCUGCUCGACCGGGAUGGACAUCUGAUACAUAUCGAUUUCGGGUUCAUGUUGUCAAAUUCUCCGGGCAACAUUGGAUUCGAGGCUGCUCCUUUUAAGCUACCACUUGAAUACAUCGAGGUCCUAGGUGGCAUUGACAGCAAACCAUACGCUGAGUUCUCGAGGCUCUUCAAAGAAGGGUUCGAGGCUGCGCGGAAACAUUGCGAUCGAAUCAUAACCCUGGUAGAGUUGAUGCAGAAAGAUUCAACACUACCCUGUUUCGUUGCACUUGGAGAACAGACCGCGGCACAGUUACGAGAGCGAUUCCAACAAGGUCUUACUCAUGCAUUUGUGGAGGAGCACGUCCAACGGCUCAUCGAUACUUCCCUCGGUUCCAGUUGGACACGACUGUAUGAUUCGUACCAAUACUACUCGCAGUCUAUCCUAUAA